GCGGCGGCGGCGGGGAGCGGCGAGCGGCGGGAGCCGGCCAUGCCAGUGCUCGCCGGCGGUGCUGAGUCAGAAGCCGGUAUCCCGAAAGCCCCCUCUGAUGAGCGGCGCCCCGGGGCCAUGGAGGAGCUGGAGCACACCUGUCCGCAGCCGCGCCUGACUCUGACAGCACCUGCCCCAUUUGCAGAUGAAACAAGCUGUCAGUGCAGAGCACCCCACGAGAAGCUAACCAUUGCACAAGCCCGCCUAGGAACACCAGUUGACAGACCUGUCAGAGUGUAUGCAGAUGGGAUUUUUGACCUCUUCCACUCUGGCCAUGCUAGAGCUCUUAUGCAAGCCAAAACUCUAUUCCCAAAUAGCUACUUAUUAGUAGGAGUUUGCAGUGAUGAUUUAACUCAUAAGUUCAAAGGCUUCACUGUGAUGAAUGAAACAGAGAGAUAUGAAGCCCUCAGACACUGUCGCUAUGUGGAUGAGGUCAUCAGAGAUGCACCCUGGACGCUAACACCAGAAUUCCUUGAGAAACAUAAGAUUGACUUUGUAGCCCACGAUGACAUCCCGUACUCCUCUGCUGGCUCGGAUGAUGUGUACAAGCACAUAAAAGAGGCAGGAAUGUUCGUACCAACGCAGAGAACUGAGGGUAUCUCAACAUCAGAUAUAAUCACAAGGAUUGUCCGGGACUAUGAUGUGUAUGCCCGGCGCAACCUCCAACGGGGAUACACCGCCAAAGAGCUGAACGUUAGUUUUAUAAAUGAGAAGAAAUAUCGCUUUCAAAACCAAGUGGACAAAAUGAAAGAAAAAGUAAAGAACGUAGAGGAAAAAUCAAAAGAAUUUGUUAACAAGGUGGAAGAGAAGAGCCAUGACCUCAUUCAAAAAUGGGAAGAAAAGUCCAGGGAAUUUAUUGGCAACUUUUUAGAGCUGUUUGGACCCGAUGGAGCCCUGAAGCAGAUGUUCCAGGAACGAAGCGGCCGAAUGCUCCAGGCUUUCUCUCCACGGCAGAGCCCAACCAGCAGCCCUACACGAGGCCGCUCGCCAUCCCGCUCGCCAUCCCCUCCGUGGGUCUUCAACAAAGCCUCCCCGCCCUCUUCUCCUAAAGCCGCCUCCGCCUCCCUCAGCAGCAUGAGCGAGGGAGACGAGGAUGAAAAAUAAAAUACAGAUAUAUUUUUUUAACCAUGAGACAGAAGAACAAGCUAUGGACUCAACCGCUGGAUAGGGAGAAGCGUGAGGAACAUCUGGGGUAUCUCUGACAGCGGGGAACGUGCUCUGGGAGAUGUUGGAAACGGACUGGAGCACAGCAAGGGAAAUCUCAGGAAGAGCGUAUCCCAUCCCCGCUCCCUCGCAGUGCCGCACUGGCAGCAUUUGCCUGGCAUGGUGCUGGGGACUGGCAGGAUAGCAUCCACCUGCGAGUGAGCUCCUGUCCAUGUGCUGCUGCUUCCUGCUGCUGGGGGCCGGCCAGAUUGGGGGGGAACCUGUGCUGUGCAGGGCAGGCGGGAGCCAGAGUCCUCCACAGUCCUGACCCAGCAUGUGGGCACACAGCUGUGGCUAGCAGUUGGAGAAACUGGACCCUGCUAACCCUGAGCUCUUCCAGCACGCGAAGGAAGGGCAUUGCUGCAGCAAAUAUAUUCAGAAACAGGAAAUGAACCUUCUUUUCUGAAUGAAAUCCACCCCAGACCUCGAAUCAUGCCAGCAAAAUGGAGAGUUGUCCAGCUGAGCAGACGGAAAUUCAUUUGAUAUGUUCAAACUGCUGAAUGUUGCUUGUUGACCAAGCCUCUGUUCAGGGCAUAUGUAAAGAUUCCAGCUGUACAAACACCCUGAGCUUUAUCAAAUCUUUCUCCAUGUUCCUAGUGCCUGAACAGCUACGUCACAACCUCUGUUCCCCAGGUUUGCACUUUGGAGACAAGAAAGUAAGUGAAGACCACCCUAGCUGGAAUUUCUUGCAGUGGGAAAUAACUGGUCUGAGGACUGGCAUUUUCUGCUGGUGAAUGGUACUAACAUAUGUGGAGGCCUACUACCCAGGAACAGACCGACCUCUCCUGGAAACCCUGCUGCUCCCAGACAUCACCCUAUGGCAAUCCCAGCAGUGCUGCUGUCCCCACGUGCUACUAAUCUAGUUCAAAGAAAUUUCGCAUGAAACUCUGAACCAAGUGUGUCCAUAGAUGCGCUGUCCUUGCAUGGGUGCUGGGGCCAUUCCUCUACCCUAAUACAGAGAAGAGGCUGAAGAAAAUGAUGCUACCCUCAGGCAGCCAAUGGGGUCCCAGUGACUGCUGAUAUGAGGUGGGGCCUAUCUAUGUGGAUGGGCCAGGCUCUGAGCAACCUGAUCUAGCUACUGAUGCUCCUGUUCAUUGCAUGGGAGUUGAACUAGAUGAUCUUUGAGGGCCUUUCCAACUCAAACAAUUCUGAUUCUGUGAUACUAAGUGUGCUUAGGCACUGGAAUCUCUCUCUUGCUUCUGACAUCCCCAAGCAGAACUACAGAAGUAGCACUAAGGAAGCUUUCUCCUCUCCACGAUGCACACUCUGAUUGCCUCUGAUUUGCUUGGCAAAUAACUGACCUGCCUUCCUCCUGGCCCUACCAGGCAGACCCUCAGCUGGCAUUUGUCCCUCCGGAACAGGCUGCCCAGGUGGAGUCACCAUGGAGAUAUAGCACUGAGGGACAUGGUUAGUGGGCUUGGUCAGUGGUUGGACUAGAUGAUCUUAGCAGUCUUUUCCAAUCUUAGUGAUUCUUAUCAUUAAGAUCUUACGAUGGGUCUUGGAGAAUGCUUUACCAAACAACCCUGACUACGACAGGACCCAGUAACUGUCUCAAGGCAUGCAUUUGGAGCUCAGCUGGCUCCUCUGUCAAGAGCUGCAAAAAGAGGUGAGCAGAGAACAGCAGGGAACAGGACAAAUGCCGCUUUCAUGAGGAAGUGCAUGAGGAGAGCCACAGCGAGCUCAGCUGCACACCUGGUGGGAUGAUGCAAUUAAGAUCUUUCUCAGCCUUAGGCAACCUGUUACUGUAAUUUCAUACCUGGGAUGCACUCAUUAGUUUUUUUUGAUCCUUUGCAAGUUUAAGUCUUCCCAUCACAAACCACUCCUCCACCAUGGGAACUGUCCGCUCGCUACUGGUGCUGUUCAUACGAGCCAUGUCCAAACACAAUGGAGGUGGGCAGGUUUUUCUUGUUCUUGAGUUUUACUGUUUGUUUUGAUUUCAUAAUUCUCCCUAUUCAGCAGCCAUCGGUCAGUGGUUGGGGUGGAAGACACAUCCAUGACGUGUAGAUGGGGCUGGAGAGAAACUCAGAGUGACCUGUGCUUGGCAGAAGCUCUUUCUCAGUCCCAGGUGGCAAUCCAGUGACAAAGCCAUAUCCUGUACCAGGCAUCCUUUUCCCACAUAGAAGGACAUCAAUAAGCCGAAGCCUUUCCCCUGCUGGUACAGACACCAAUAUCCAUAAUGCUAUCUCCAGCAAACCAGAACCUCAUUGUCUUUGGACACAUGGAAGGCAAUUUUCGCACUUCUGAGUCAUGGUUGGCUUUUAUUUUUCAUGAGCAUUGCUUUAAUUCAGUCCUAUUUAUUGGCCAAGCUCCACAUGAAAAAUAAACAGUGUACAACAGAUAUUUCUGCCUCUCACCUUCAUUUUAUAGCAUGUUGGAGCACAAGUCCUGGCACAACCCCAUUGACAGCACAGCACUUGUCACCUCCAUCCUUUGUACCCCACACCUCACACCGCACAGAUGCCCCCUGAGCAGCUUCUCUGACCUGCCCAACAUCUGCUGCUCAAGUUCCUAGUGCUGCUCUCAGGAGCCCCUCUCACAUCCUCCUCCAGCAGCAGCUGUGGUGCUUUGAGAGCCAGGACAGCUCACAGGUGCACCAGGCUCCUGCAGGACUGCAGCAGCAAACCUGAGCCACAGAGCACAGCUCCUGACGCUGCCCCACGCAUUUGGCUCUUCUGUAGCUCGGUCAGUCUGACCCUGCAUGCUCUGCAUCACCAACUCCUUACAGACAAGAUAAAAGGGAAAUAGUUACUGGUACUGCAGCAGCUGCAGAAAUUUGUUUUGUAUUUGUUACUUUGUUUUCCUCUCAUAGUUCUGCCUUAGGCAGAGAGCAGCUGAAGCAGCAGACAAUUUGUUAGGACUUCCCAGCUGAGACAUUUAAUUACAGAAUAAGUCCAAACUUCAAAGUUGCUCAGCACUGCACAGAACUGUUGAAAGGUCCCCACCAAAACAACUGCUGGCAACGUGAGCUUUGUUGCUAAAGACAGACAUGGGACAGUUUUGCACGGCACCCUGCAGUACUUGGGAGACAGAAGACAUUCCCAGAGGAAGGUCUCCGCUGAACAUUCGUAUGAGUUCAGAUAAACCUGGCAGGAGUUUCUGAAAUACAAAGAAGCAAAAAUUAUUUUCUGCUGUACAUGGCAGAGAGCUCCUGUUCCAGCUCUCAUGUAACACCUCAAGGAUUUGCUUACUUUUAAAUCCCUCUGUCAUUUAAACAUGAAAUAUCAUAGUCUGAGAUCGCUCAUGUAAGAUUAUUUAGCUCACAAUACUCAAGGAAGAUAAACGUUUUAAAACCAGAUUAUAAUGUGUGCAUAUCAACCAUUAUUUCCAAAUGCAGUAAGAAGAAUUCUUCUAAACUGCACACAGCUGGACUACUGAAGAAGACAACCCUCUGUCCCUGUGUGUAAGCACAUGAAGGCAGGAACACACAAAGGGAAAAUCCUACAUGAAGGCAUGAACCAGGCUGCAUGAACAACUGACAUCUCUCAUGUAAUUCAGACUCCAAACCCAGCCUUAUUACAUUGAAUUAUGGCCCCAGCUGCAAAUUCUGGAAUUUUUUAAGCCUAUUCUAUCAUUUUCUAACCACAUUUCCCUUACCAACAAACAACAUUUACCAGUAAAAUAAGGUAACUGAACUGCAAAGCCAUUGCCCACUUAGGAAAGGUGAAUUAUAACCUCCUCUUUACAGAGAAACGACUUUGAAACCCAGCAGCACUUCAGUAGAUGCCAUAGGAGCCUUAUAAUUUUCUUGAAAGUUACAAGAGCUUAAAAAUCUUAAUGGAAAUGGAACAGCUUCCAGGUAGAAGCCCAGAGUACAAUUUCAUAACAGAUAUUCUAAGCCCCAAGAACAUCCCAUACAUUUCAGUUUCAGGGAGAUUUACACAGCAGGAAAAAGAGGUGCUCACGUGCUUCAAGGAAAACGUGCGAUGAUAAACCAUUGCUGCACAUACACAGAACAGUCCAACAACAACAGGGCUUACAAAAUCUACUAUCACUCCUUUUGUUCCACUGCUUGUCAGGAAACCAAGAAGUUCAAGAAGCAGAGAUGAGUGAAAGAGUCAAUCCAUAGCACUGAACACUGUAGCAAAAAUCCCACUUCACUGAAAUAAUAGAGGUGCCUGAGGCUGCAGGCUUCAUGCUCCCUUUAAUUACUGGCAUUGAUCAAUCAAGUUCUCACUCAGUAAAUGACCCAGUCUUGAUCAGCAGUCUUGAUCAGUGAGGGCUGCAGAGAUCAGGAGGAAAGGCCCCCAGAGAACAAAGUGGUGAGAGCAGAGGACCAACAACCUCGUCAGGUUUGUAGUGAACUUCCAGAUGUACUUACCAUGCAGAUACCCAGCUCCUUAAUUCUGCUCCUUUGCUUUACAAUCCUAACACCUGUUCUGCUUAUGAACCUGCACUCCCUCCAAAAUAAAAAUCAUCUGGAGAAUAUUACACUCUUUUUUAAAAUACUAUUUCACAUUUUAAAUGGUGAUGUUCUCAGACACCAAAUAGGUUCAAGGUAUAAAUUACUGCAAUUUAGUGUCCUCGAAUUACAACUGCUUCUGGAUUCCCUUACAGAAAUGAGAAAAGGAGAAUGUGGGGCUCCACUACAGCCCUACCAUUUGGGGCAGUUGUUCAAAACAGUACUUUCUCAGAAAAAGGCCUGACGCUUUUCUUACCUUGAUGUUCUAAGAAAGGAGCAAUGAAUGACUGCUAAGGAGUAGAACAGGAAUUACUCAAGUUUCUGAGCUCAGACUAUAAAACAAGAAGAAAUGAAGUUUUAUCCCCAAAUGUACUUUACACAUUCCUACCUGCAACCUUCCCCCAUCCUGCACUCCCAAACUAUAGAACUUGAGAAGCCUGUCUGUAUAGGAAAAGGAGUAGAAUAAAACAAGUAUCUGUAAAAACGACUGACAAUCAUUUCUGGUUUAGAAAAACUGUUCACCACGACAUCUCCCAUGUUGUGGUGUGUUUGCAUUGUCAUUGUUCUGUAGGGAGAUGCACCUUCAGAUUCACAAUUUGCAAGAAACAUCUUAAAUUUCAGAUUACUGCUCCGACAAAGCAUCCAUUUUAUUUUCUACAGCAUUGCUACCUUUGUAAAUAUUUGAUGCCGGGUUCUUGGCAUAGCAGCAAAACCAAGAACUGCAGUUGAGCUGUAUCAGCACAUGAUUCUAUCCUUUCCAAAACCAAAAAUUUGUACCACAAGAUUCACUGACAUGGCAAAACUUUAGAAAGAAAACUAGAACUUCCUUUGAAAAGAAUCAUUCUAAGCCAAAAUGGGAUUUCACAGGACACAAAAGAGACAACAUUCCUGACUUGCAAGCAGAUUUUAAGCUCCCAGCUCUGAGUGUCCACCAAAAGGCUGGGGCUCACCCUGUGCUGUCCAACCAUGAGAAGAGCUCCACAGCGUGCGAUUCUGAAUCAGUCCCUUAAAGAUGUCAUAAUGUUGUUUUUACAUAUUUUUAUUUGUCAGCAAUGGAAAAGAAAAUAAGAGUGUACACAAAUUAUAUACAUGGGAUCAGACUAGAAACAAUUCCAACACAAAUUACAAGACGAUUCUAAAUCAGAUUGAAAACAUCAAGUAAUCUCAUGAAGAAAGAUCUUCCCACUCCACUGGAAGCUCAGUUGAAACCAACACUGCUACCUCAGAGGAAUGGCAGCAUGUAACCUCGUGGGUGCUGGUCAUGGUACAUGAGCAGGCACCGCAGGAAUUCUGCCCAUAACAGAUGCUGAAAAUGAAUUCAAUUGAUUCCCACUGUCAGAAGCGCACAUCAAAUCCCGAUACAAAUGGCACAAGUUCAGCACACUGUCAACAGCUCAGCAGAGAAGGCAAGCCAGCAGGUUUUAGUAAGGUCAGCUACUGCUGAAGAGCUGGGUUCUGGCAGCAGCACCAGGAAAUCUGCCCUGCUGCUGCCUGUCAGGGCGGUCUGUAGACACAGCAGGUGAACUUCAAAAGAUUGUCAGUCUGGCACCUCUCAGAUGUAUUCAAAGGAAGAAUUUCAAUAAUGAAUUUAGUGAGAGUUUGACAAUGAUAGAAUUAUCAAAAACACACCAAUCCUACCAAAACAAGUCUCUAAAUUUAAGAAACGAGUUCUCUAUGUCAACUUCUGAGAUCUUUUAAGGCAACUUAAUAAUGCAGUUUGAGUAUGUGAACUUUGAAUUUGCUCAUUUGUUUCCAAUUAGAAAGGUACUUUAGUUACACAGAUCUUCACUGCUUCAAAUUAACACCAACAGCUGAUCCUGAGAACAGAUUCACUAAAGUGGGAUUACUCUGAUAAGCUGCUACAUGUGCCUUGGCAUUCAGCCAUGAAGUCACUACACAAUUUAUGUCUGUGUUCCUCACCUCUGAGCUCAAUAAUACACCAUUCUGUCACGUGCCAUCACAUUCUCUCAAGUUCUGCAAAGACACAUUUAGAUAUAUUGAUUCAUGAUGAGCGAGUAUGGCAAAAAGAGGAGAUAAGAGCCACUAGGAACCACAGCACCUGUACGGCAACCAAGGGAACAUGCAAACUAAUUGGACACCUUGCAGUCAGACCUGGAUAUUGUAAGGAGAUAAACACUAAUUAUAAACAUUUAGUUUGUUUUCUACAGAAUGGCUUAUAUCACUUAAGAUCACUUAGCAUUUAGCAGCAUUAAACAUGUACAGAUCUAGAAACACUUACUAAAGGUGAGGGAGACGUGUUUUCUGUAUGAAUGAGGUCAGGGUUUCACGAAAACAGCCUGGCUUGAGGCGAACAGAGGACUGCACUACACUCCAGGAUAGUCAAUCUAUUUACUUUGUGGACUGAGUGAACAGCUGUUUAAGCAAAGCAAACACUCCACAUGCCACUGAGGAGAAAGGAAAUUACAUUACCCAGUUGCAGCAUCAAGUGUAGUUUACAUAGCCAAGAAGUGGCUCGAGUUUUCCAAGAACACCAGAAUUAACAUAUUGUUUAUGCAUGUCCCAAGGGACCUGCCCUAAAUGCUGUCCAAAAGAUGGCACAAAGUGCAGCAGGACAAAGACUUUUGCCAUCACAGCUAUGUACAGAGACACAGACUGCACCUCAGUGUUCUAAAAGCAUUCUAGGAUCUUUCUCGUCAAAUACCAACAGAGGCACCUUGUUAGCCUCAAAACAAAGCAUAGAAAAAACAGGGAGCAGAGAUACAUAUGUAAUUUGGAGAGGCUUCAGUAUCCAUUAACAUUCAGCUAGACAGGGCAUUAUUUUUGUAUGUUCAAGACAGAUACACCAGAAAAACAGGCAGUGGAGGAAAAAGGUCAACUAUUCCAUCACAGUAUGGCAUACAGAAGUUGUUUGUAAAUUCCCAGGGAGAAUCAAGUAGGACACAUCUCUUGCUCAGUUUGUUUCUGUUAAGCACUAAAUGCAAGGAAUACACGGUAUUUUCACUGAAAACAUUUUCCUAUUUACUGUGUCCCGUAACCCAAGACAAACAGGUUGCAGCAGCAUUAGCACACAUGUGAAAUCCACUAGAAAAGACAUAGCUUGAUACCAUCAGACAGUUAAGUUUGGAAUUAACUGCCCCAAAAUAUUAAAAUACAUAGGUAUGACUGAUACUAAUUAAAGGUAGCAGUAAGUGAAAAAAAGAACAGUGUGCAGUUAAGCUAGGCAUAGUUAAAAGCUACCCACCCUCAUUUUUGAGGAACACCCAUUGGAAAGCUUGUCAAGGCCUGCUGCUGCUGUUUCCUAAGACCAUUUUCAGACUAAUACUCCUGCAUAGAAGAGUGGCAAGAGGACAAGCAAAGACCAAUUUACGGCAUACCUGAGAGCUGCAGAACUGUAGAACAUACAAGCUGCUGAGUCAACAUCGGAGAGGAGUAAAGCUGUUUCUCGUCUAUAUUCAGUGUGAUGCCUGAGGGCAAACUUUGGAAAAGGGAAAGAGCACAAGGAAUGCAUUUUCAGCUUCCCUGCUCUGAGUAGUUCAUACAUGCUCAGGGUUCCUGGAAGUAGUUACCACAUCAGGAGGACUUUAGCUUUCGAAUACAGGGCACUUUAGUCCUGAAAGUCAACUAGUGGCUUUUGCGAAGAAAGAGAAGGGACUAUCAAAACAUAAUCCUCCACAAUGUUUUUACUUUCAUUUAGAGUCACUCCACAAAAUCAAAGUUCAGCAUUUCCAUCCUUUUUCUUCUUUCGAUUCCUUCUCCUACGGGGGCAAAUUUACUACUACAAAAUUUGAGUUCUAAGAAAAGCUCAGUUUCAGCUUCGUAUUUCUUAGAAUGUUUUUGGUCAUGUUCUAGGAAAAACUGACCACAUGCAACUGAGAAAACACUAGUUUCAUCACAAAUGUCUAUUUUUAAGUAAACCGCCUUCGGUGAUGAGUGGAAAAACACACACAACUUGAAACAAAUUCAAGAGACAGUAAGAAGUUAUGGGCAAGGGCAGAAGUUAACCAGCUACAUUUCAGUUGGUACAGCUUCCACCUGAAAUCUCAGUUGGACUACUACACUGAUUUAGCAACAGCCACAUGGCUGUAUCACUCCAAUAGCAAUCUGCCUUCCCUGCAGCCGUGCCUACAGUCAUAGGAAAUUAUUGCUCUGGGGAUCACACGAGCUGCACCCUCACUGUGCCUGCAAAGGUUUCCCAAGAAGUGUUGCAGAAGUCUGGCUGAGAACAAACAGCCCCAUUGGAGCACUCCAUUUCCAAGCUCAGAAGGGCUCUGCUCACAGCCAGCACCAGGCAGCUCCAGCAGCCACUCUGCUGUUUGGGCCUCUGAAGCGGGUUGCAGCACUCAGCAGUCACAUUCAAGAUCAUGCUAAAACAACCUGGCAAUCCAGUGUGACUUAAAUGUACAGUGCAGAGAUGCUUACAAUAACCCAAGCCCUGCAAAUUCAUGACCAUCCCUAUAAAAAUUCUUGAACUGAUUGCGACAGCUGGGAGCAUGAGUUUGUAAGACAGGGCCUCUGACUUUUCAGAAAUGAGUCUACAUGUAACUUAUUGCUCAAAGUGCUCUACUAUCCUCUGAUGAAGAGUGUUACGCAAGUGCUACGUACUAUCAUUAAGUUAAACUAAGGGCAUACUUUAAAAAAAUAUCUAGGAAUCUCUCAGCAUUUCCCUGCUUACCUAACAGGCCAGUCCUCUACAAAAGGAAAUGAAAUAUUGGGAGGACAUGGACAGUUCCCCAGAAUGUUAGGAAACAAGUUUCAGUUUUCCAUGCUAAAAUCUUUCUUUCAGAAAAAAAUAUCAAAAUAUCUAGAAGAAACUGAGGGUGCAGAGUUGCUUACAAUUCGUCUAUUUUAUUCCUGUGGCUAUUUUAUCAGCAGAACUUUGGAACCUCACAGAUUCUUCUGACAGGCCACAGUUGCAGAAAUGGUAUAUGGCAGAGACCUGGUGAAGAGCAACUUCCUAAUGCUCAGUAAUAAACCCUUACGAGUAAUUUGAGGAGAUGACACUUAGUUUUUUCCUCUUUAAUUUUUUUUCCUUUCAGAUCAGGUACCAAUUGCUUUGCCCUUCCCAUUUCUGUGAUAAUUCCAGUUUCAUUUAUUUAUAUCAAUGACGCUUUCCAAAAGCUGGUGUACAACAUCUUUAUAUACACUACAAAUUCAGAUUAUCAGACUACUGUCAGACAUUGAAUAUAUAAAUAACUUUGCAAACUAUUUACAGGUUUUAAGCUAAUCAGGUUCCAAGCAACCAACACUCUUAAGGCAAAUUUAUGUGUAUGACUGGCUGUCUGGCCUUUCAGGUUUCUCCCCCUUUUCCCAGCUGCUCCAGAGAUGACAAGCAACAAAUACAAAAAUUUAAUUACCUCCUGCUCUCACACUGCCAGGAUUUUUUUGUAUGGAGAGAUGAUGAUCUUCCAUGAAAACAGGGAAAGAUAUUUAAAAAUGCUGUUGUGUUUCUGUGUCAAGAAAUUCAGUAAGAUGUAUUAACAAAAAGUGGAAUUCCCAAUGUCUUACACCAACAUAAUUUCUGUACGCACUGGGCAAAAAUGGUUUGGGGAAUUUGGGAAAAGCAUUGGUUUAAAGCUGUACAACCCUUUUUAGAACUACACAUUUCUAAGCUCAUCAGAUAUGAGAUCUAGAGAGCUCAAAGGGAUUUUCCGUAAGAGGUGACACCGCAAAAUAAAAUGCAGCAAAAGGUGGAUUUUCAAAGCAUAAGCUUAACUAGACUAGAAUUUCUCUCUCACACCACAUUGCUGUGCAAGAUGCUAUUCACCAUUUAAAGGGAUUCUGCACAAUUUGCUAAUCCUUCGUGGAAUAAAAAUUGGCACUUGAAAUAGUAUCUUUUGUCACAACAGUGUAUACUUAAGUGCAAUCCCUUUUGUCAAUGCAUGACUGAAGCAACCAAGCAUAUACUGGUGAAA